CGGAUAAAAGUAGAAUAUAUAUUAAUUUCAGAGAGCAGGUAUUUUACUAAUCUUUAUAUCAUCAAUCACAACGAAACAUAAUUAACUCUAGACCAAUAAUUUUAAAGUUUUAGGCUAAAAUGAAAAUGUUUCUGAAGACGCUAUUUCACAUUUUGUUGUUCCUUGGUGUUUUCAGCAGCGAAAUAAUUAAAUUUGAAAAUGAAAAUCAUAUUUUGUGUGUCACAGAUGACACAGAAUCACUAAUGUACUUAAAACCACCAUUAGUAACGAAAACGAGAAACACAUCAAUUUUAAUGGAAAACGACGUAAUAUGGGAUGACUGGUCUUUAAAAUCGUCGACAGAAGUCGUAGUACCAGCUGUUUUGGAUAAAAGAUGGGAAGAUCUACAAACGAGUUACACUGAUUCUUUCCACUACGGAUCAGUGUCAUCCAUAUCAUACUCAGUACCUGGUGAGACUAAUCUCACCGUAGUCACUACCAAUCCUCCAUCAGCUUUAACAAAAAAAGCAAGGGAUAUUUCUAUCGACUGGAUUACCUACACCAACAUGCCUAAAGUGAAUGAAAAUGCAACUGACUUUGUGCAAUUUCAAAUUAAUGUUACUUCUUCGGAAAAAACUUACUUUAAAAUACAUGAUUAUAAACUGAGAUGGGCCAACACUGUUUCAAAAACACCGACACGUAUAUCGAUCUCUCAAAAAGAAACGUCUUGUUUUAUAGUGUACGGUUAUGUUUGUUUUUAUUGUAUUUUACAAGUUAAUAUAACAGGCCAAUCUGUACAGUCCUUCUCUGGAAAAAGUCAAAAAUCCCUAGGUCGAUGGCAAUAUCUUAAAUAUGAACCGAAAACUGAUGUUGAAAUAACAUUCUGGAGGGAAGCCGCAAAUGGACGUACUGGAGGACAGUGGGCAGUGGAUAUUAGACAGUGUCCACCCACAGUAGACAACAAAACAAUUUAUGAGGUAUCUUUGGAAGACGAUGUGCAACAAGGGGAGGAACGUCGGUGCGUUGCUGGUACGAUAAUAACGAAGCAAAACAAUAUUAGACAAUCUCCAAGUGUCAAAAUAAAUGACGAUGCAUUUAGUUGCAAUCCUGGAACCGUAGGACGGAAUUGUGACAUUAAUUGCACAAAUUUCUUGGGAUCAGAUAAAAGUUAUUGUGAGCAACAUAAAAUCUGUGAUGAUACUUACUCAGUUUCUGAAUGUUUUUGUUCCUGGGGCUACGAAGGAGAAACGUGUAAUAAAACAUGUUCGAACGGAAAAUGGGAUUUAUCUUGCCGUGCCACAUGUAAAAAUUGUGGUCUGUGUAAUGGGAAAACUGGACAGUGCACUAGCUCCUCGCUAAGCAAUUUUAGGACAGCCGGAGGACUACUUUUUUUGGGAAUAAUAUUUAAAUUUUUGUAAACUUGUAUUUGUCAAACUAAAUAUGCGUUCAAUGUAUUUUAGUAUUAUAACCCUGAAUGAACGAAAUAAAUAUUUGUAGUAA